UCGAUUUCGGUUUCGUAUAAAGCCCUAACAAGCUGUACCAUGGCCGAUCACCGGAGCAAGCUGGUGUCUCACCUCUUGGACUCCGGCAUGGCGGACACCGUCGCCGGAGCCGUCGAUUACCGUGGCCGGCCGGCCUCCCGCGCCGCCACCGGCGGCUGGAAGUCGUCGGUGUUCGUCAUGGCCAUGGAGAUCGCGGAGAGGUUCGCGUACAAGGGCGUGGCGGCGAACCUGAUCACGUACCUGACCGGGCCGCUGGGGCAGCCGAUGGCGCGCGCCGCCGCGUCCAUCGACGCGUGGAAGGGCGUCUCCCAGAUGCUGCCGCUGCCGCUCGCCUGCGUCGCCGACGCCUGGCUCGGCCGCUACCGCGCCAUCGUCCUCGCCUCCGUCAUCUUCGUCCUGAGCAUGGGCACGCUGUCGAUGUCGUCGGCGUUCCCGGUGUCGCGCGCCGGCCACGUCGCCGUCUUCUACGUGGCGCUGUACAUGGUGGCGCUGGGCGAGGGCGCGCACAAGCCGUGCGCGCAGGCGUUCGCGGCGGACCAGUUCGACGAGAAGGACGGCGGGGAGUGCGCCGCCCGGAGCUCCUUCUUCAACUGGUGGUACUUCGGCAUGUGCGCCGGCACCGCCGUCACCACCAUGGUGUCCAGCUACGUGCAGGACAACGUCGGCUGGGGCCUCGGCUUCGGCAUCCCCUGCAUCGUCAUCGUCGUCUCCCUCGCCGCGUUCCUCCUCGGCACCCGCUCGUACAGGUUCUACACAGCCAGGACGGCCAGCCCCGUCGCCCGCGUCGCCAAGGCGUUCUUGACAUUGAUCAAGAGCUGGAGAUCAAACCGUCGCACCAAUCCGGCGAGCGGCGGCAAAGGAGACGGCGACGGCGACGCCGGUGACCUCGUGGAGGAGGUGAAGAGCGUGCUCCGGCUGCUGCCGAUAUGGGCGUCGUGCAUAAUCUACGCGAUAAUCUUCUCCCAGACGUCGACGUUCUUCACCAAGCAGGCGGCGACGCUGGACCGGCGGAUCGGCCGGAGCUUCAACGUGCCGCCGGCGGCGCUGCAGACGUUCAUCAGCGUCAGCAUCGUCGUCUUCAUCCCGGUGUACGACCGCCUCUUCGUGCCGCUCGCCCGCCGCUACACGGGGAGGCCGUCGGGGAUCACCAUGCUGCAGAGGGUGGGCGCCGGCCUCGCCCUCUCCCUCGUCGCCGUCGUCCUGUCCGCGCUCGUGGAGACGCGGCGCCUCCGCGUCGCCGCCGGCGCCGGCAUGGCGGACGCCCCCAAGGCGCGGCUCCCGAUGAGCCUGUGGUGGAUGGUGCCGCAGUACGUUCUCGUCGGCGUCGCCGACGUGUUCGCCAUGAUCGGCCUGCAGGAGUUCUUCUACGACCAGGUCCCCGACGCCGUGCGCAGCCUCGGCCUCGCGCUGUUCCUCAGCAUCUUCGGCGUCGGCCACCUCCUCAGCAGCCUCCUCAUCUCGGUGAUCGACGGCGCGACGGCGAGGCGCGCCGGCGGCAGCUGGUUCGCCAACAACCUCAACCGCGCCCACCUCGACUACUUCUACUGGCUCCUCGCCGGCCUCUGUGCCGUCGAGCUCGUCGCCUUCUUCCUCUUCUCGCGGGUGUACACCUACAAGAAGAAGGGCAACGAUGCUGAUGGCAAUUGUGAUUACAGGGGAGUUGAUGAUGAUGGCAUCUGCGUGUAAACCUCCGAUUUGUGCUCUGUUGCUUCAUUGCUCGCGAGUGUACACAAAAAAAUCUCGAAUUGUUGUAGUGCGUUAUCAUAUACUCUGAUGAUCAAGUGAUCAGUAAUCAGAGCAAAGAUGGCGAGCUGAUGAGCAUGGUGGACCGAGGUGAACAAAAUUCAUCGGAUGGGCCUGCGAACACAUUCUCUUCAUGUUGUUGAACAAUAUUCCCUCCAGUUUCAUUUUAAUUGACGUUUUGAACAAUGACACGGACUACAAAAUAUAUCUUUGACCUUA